CAUCAACAGGAUCACUCAGCAAUCAUGAGGUCUCUGGUCUUCGUUCUGCUCAUUGGAGCUGCUUUUGCCCUGGAUGAUGACAAGAUUGUCGGAGGGUUUGAGUGCACACCUUACUCUGAGCCCCAUCAGGUGUCUCUGAACAUUGGGUACCACUUCUGUGGUGGCUCCCUGGUCAAUCAGAACUGGGUUGUGUCUGCUGCUCACUGCUACCAGUCUCGUAUCCAGGUGCGUCUGGGAGAGCACGACAUUUCGGUCAAUGAGGGAACUGAGCAGUUCAUCGACUCCUCCCGUGUCAUCCACCAUCCACAGUAUGAUUCCUGGAAUAUUGACAGGAAUCACUGAGACAUCUAAAACCUGC